AAAAUAUUCCAGAAAUUCAAAAAAAUUAAAAAAUCACUUCGCACUCAGAGAGAGAGAGAGAGAGAGAGAGAGAGAGAGAGAGAGAGAGAACCAAAUUCGAAGAUCUCAUCAAAAAGGAAAACGAAGAGAGAUCUUUUACAGCUCUGUGAUUUUGUUGAGUUUUAUGGAAGGUGAAAAAUGUUUAGUCUUGGAGCUGAAAUGAUGUCUUUUAUUUAAAGGGAGAAAUUGAAAGUGCACGUAAAUGUUAUCCAUGCAUUACUAUUCAUAUGGUAAUGGUUUUGCUCGUGUGAGCUAUCAACUUUUCUGAAGCAUAGUGUUUGCAUAUCAGGCUAAAGGCGUCCCAGUUCAAGCUUAGUUCAUAAAAGCGUUACAGUGCGUAUAGUAAGAUAUUAGGCUGGUGGCAACACAAUGGAGCCAAUAAAUCCUAGUCUUGCUGGAAAGCAACGAUUACGUUGGACCCAUGAGCUUCAUGAACGUUUCGUUGAUGCCGUUGCACAACUUGGUGGCCCGGACCGUGCUACCCCUAAAGGUGUUCUUCGAGUCAUGGGUGUGCAAGGGCUAACUAUUUACCAUGUAAAAAGCCAUUUACAGAAAUAUCGACUUGCUAAAUACCUUCCAGAUUCCUCAUCUGAUGGGAAAAAUUCUGACAAGAAAGAAUCAGGGGAUAUGCUUUCCAGUUUGGAUGGUUCAUCCGCCGGUGUGCAGAUAAAUGAGGCUCUAAAACUGCAGAUGGAGGUGCAAAAGCGACUGCAUGAGCAACUGGAGGUUCAAAGACAGCUACAGCUUAGAAUUGAAGCACAAGGAAAGUACUUGAAGAAGAUAAUCGAAGAACAACAGCGGCUCAGUGGAGUUCUCUCAGAAGUUCCUGUUUCUGGGGUCACUCCUUCACCAGCAGCAGGUGAAAAUGGUCCAGAAUCUGAUAACCGGACUGAUCCUGGGACUCCUGCACCAACAUCCGAGUAUCCUCUCGUUGAUAAGCCUGUACAAGAACAUGCCCCUACCAAGAGCCUGUCUAUCGAUCAAUCAUUCUCCUCGCAACAUGAGCCUCUUACUCCAGAUUCUGGUUGCCGUGAGACUUCUCCAAUAAACAGCCCUAAAGGUGAAAGGUCAUCAAAGAAACAAAGAGUAGGCGCAUUUACUAAAGCAGAUAUGCUACUUCCCCACCAGAUAUUGGAAUCAAGCUUGAGCUCACAAUACCAGCAAUCAAAUCCAGUAGACUUCUUGGCGAGCGACCAGUUCAAUCUUUCAUCAGGAUUGUCUCUUGGCAAUGAAGGUUCAAAAGUUUCUGGGAGUAACAUGUAAGUUACUCCAUAUUUGCAUGAUGCAUGUGCAAUAGGACUUCAAUUGAACUACUAUGUGUAGUCUGAAAAUAUCUGUUCUCAUUCAGUCACAGAUGCUACUUUGUUUACUGAAUGUACUAGGUUAAAUAUACCUUUUAUUCUCAAGAAUUACUUUACAACUCUUGCUUUAUAGUCACUCUUAACAAAGUUCUGAAUUCUUGCCUA